AUGAUAACAAAGGAACUAGAGAAAAGAUGGCCACGCGGAAGUGCCUUACCAAUUUACAGAAAUGAGGCAGAUGCUAUCCAAAUAGACAAAUUUGUGGCAAAAUUGGUCAAAGAUGACACUCGUCUUUUUCCUGAGUGUGGAUGUGGUAAAGAAGCAGUCCUGGAAACAGUUUUGAAUAAAAUCAGGGAGCAAAGGCGCCAGCAGAAAGAAAAAUACCUUACCAGUGAAGAAGUGCUGUCAACAGACAGUGCAUCUGAGUCAACCGAGUCAGUAGUUGAAAUCCUAUUGCACCUACUUAUACAUAUCAGUUGCAAUGUGUGCAGUAAGUUUACAACCUUUAUUUUGAUGAAGAUGUGGGAAUUACGGAAGUUAUUACCGCCAAUAAUUGACUUCCAGUUUUUUUCUUGAUCUUGAGAACCAAAAACUAUACUUAAAAGUUAACGUAGCUUGUGAUAAGAUAAAGCAAGGUUAAUUUUAUGUUUUCAAACUUUAAUGUGGGAUGGGUUUGUAAAACAUGGUUUCAGGAUAACAUUUUAGUUUUAAGUAUUGGGGCCAGAAAAUGUCCAUGUAAAGUCACUGCAAAUUCUGGGGGGGGGGUUUGAAGGAAAGUGUGAUGUAUGAACUGGAAUUUCUGGUAGAGUUUGGAGAUUCAAACCUAAAACCUUCCUUGAGAGAGGUAUGGAUAUCUCCUAGAGCACCACUCUAAUGACAAUUUUUUGCUGUAAGAAUGCAUUCUUUAAGGUCAGAACGGAUAAGGGAACUUGUCACAACGACUUGUCCUCACGCCUUGUUGCGGCAACUUGUCCUUGUUGCAGUACACACUGAGUGACUUCUCCCCUGGUAUUUUCCAACCUCGAAAAUCAGUGAAACAAAUUUAGUAGGUAAAAAAUUAAGAUAAAAGAAGGAUUUAUAUGCCUGUGCUUGGUUAUAAAAUUUAUCAUUAAAUUUUCAUUGGUCUGCUUGUGAAAAAGGGGCCUAUUCAAUAUUCUCAAUUAACAUUUGAAUGGUCUAGUGGCCUGGUUUGAGUAUCUACUGUGUGAAUAUAGCUUUUCUCUUAACAUUUUGCUUAUUUUUAUCCUAGACAUGACUCAGACCACAGCAGAUUUAAUUGUAAUGGUGGCUCUUGGAAAACCAUCCAAAAAAGAAGUGAAGAUGGAUCAAUUACGGAAGAUGAAAAAAAUCUUCAAUCUUAG